AUGCCCACCUUCUCCCGACAACUCAAAAGCCACCUCAACCCCUCCUCCCGCCGCGGCGGCGGCGGCCGCUGCAAAACCCUCCCGGUCGCUCUGCACGAAAGCAGCGCGGAGCGAGUGUCGCCUUCCCCUCGCCACCCCCAGCGCCGCCGCCGCCGGCGAGCCCCGAGCUCAGUGUCGCUCAAACCUCCCCUCCCGGCCCCGCUGUCCCCGCUCGGCCCUCCCCCCACGCCCCUCGGACCCUUUCAAACCCCCUGGGCUCGCGGCGGCUGUUCCGUGAGCAAACGCUGGCCGCGGCUGGGGCCGGGGCGGCGAGGCUCGGAGCGGGGUGGCGGCGGGGCGCCCGGUACGGUGAGCCCAGCAACGAGGCGCGGGCGGGCGCGCAGAGACGCCGGGUCCUCGCGGAGCACGGCCGGGGCGCGGCGGCGGCACUGGCAGCGGGAGCCCAGGGACCGCUCCAUCACUGGCAGCCAUGGAGCCCGAGCAUUUUCCUCCCUCAGGGCAGGCGCCUCGGCUCGGCACACGUCCUCGGGGAGGAAGGGGCCGGCGCCCGAGCCUCCCCGGAGGGCGGCGGGAUGUGCGCUAGCGCAGAGGGGUGCGAGCUGCUCCUGUCCUCUUCCUCCUCAGCCGGCUCGUCCUCACCCUGCUGCUCCCGCGGCCCGGGCGGGAGGGGGCCGCAGGCAGCGGCGGCUCCUUUCUCGGCGGCGUUGGUGGCCAGACGGGCUGGUGCAAGCGACUGCAGCCGACGCCGUUCAAAGGAACGAGAGCAACAGCAUCACGAGUUUCAGUUCCCAGGAGCCCGCCGCCACCGCCACGAUACGACAUGAGUCAGGCUUUCUUCCUUGGCGCGUGGCGGAGCCCUCCCUCCUCCCCCUCGCCGCACCUGGGCUCACCCCCGGCCCGCGUCGCCCGCGCCCUCUAGGCGGAGGCCCCUGUGCCGGGAGCUGCGCGGCUGUCCACGGAAAGCCGAAGGGUCUUCGAGAUAGGUGUUGCCUUUUGUGCAGUGUCGUUGCGGCUGCCAUGCGGUGCCCCCCCUCGCCCUUCGACGAGCAGGGAGGGCCAGCCGCCAGCGGGCAGAUGUUGCAGCUGUUUGCUGUUAACUACCUAAGUGCCUCCCGGGUAGGCUCUUCGCUAGAGAGGGCGUGCUUGCAGUCCAUCCCUACCUGGAGGGAAGAAGCAGCCCAGCCCAGUAAACUAAUUGACCUCAACAGGUGGAGCUUAUCUCCAGCAGAGAUGUCUUUUCGUUUAAUUGUCCAGGCUAUAUAG